GUCACUGCCGUGUCCGGUGUUCAUUGUACUUUUGUAUAGAUUUCCCAACAUAUUGAGCCCUCCGCAGACGGAUGUUUUUUUCUUGAUUGGCCUUAUUUAUCUCCUACCUCAAGCUUGACUCGCUGUGAGUUCAAUCGCCUUACGAUAGAUGUAGUAGCAAUUCAGGUAAUGCUCAGAACACCGUGUUACCCUGCCAUAAUCCACCAACUGAUACAUUUGAUUAUAUCAUCUGGUCUGAAGAGAGAAGAGAGUACAUGAUGCAAAGGGUGAAAGUGGGCUUGGUGUUUGCAUGAUUUGCUUGGUGCGCAUGACGCCAUUAUUCUUAAACCCGAACUUCUUGAGUAGUAUUCCUUCUGGUUAUUCCACUUAUUUUUCAUUGUUCGCCCUACCCUGCCGUUUGCUUCACCAUUCGCAAUGUAUGCGGUAAAUAAGGCAUACGGUCUGGAUGCACAUUUUGAUAAAUUGUGGCGGCAAAUAAGCGAUAAUGCCUAUCCGAAAUCGCUAGACGUCUACAAACACGCAAGCCAAGCAAAAUACCCCAUUGAGAAUGUCGCGAAACUGGAGAAGCUCAUGGACUCACUUUCCGUGACAUCCAAGUCUCAACCGUUACUGCAGACGGAAAGGCUUUUGAAAAUAAUUGCCGAAUACCCCGAUGAUGUGCUCAAUGCUGAUCCCACGCUGCCAGACGUGAAUGUUUUCAUGGCACACGUCGUAGACACUUCUUGGCUCGUAGCUGCUAAGGCUGCAGUCCAGACUCUCGGAGUUAUACUGAAUACGCUAUCAGAUGAUGUGCUCUCCCUCAAUGACGAGAUGCUCUAUUGGGAUAGUGUUUUGGAGUCCCCCUGGUCACUUGGGCUCUAUAUGCUCCAAACCUCGCCAGUGGUGCUUUGGAACAGAUCCCGAAAAGUCUGGCACCAUGCUAACUCCAUGAACAAUACCCGGACGUCCGGUCAACCCAGCUGGAUGCAAUUUUACGAAUCUGUUCGUCAGUGUGUCCUUCCCCAAAGUUUGCAUUUUUGGCGGGGAAGGAUGUUAUCACCACUCUCAACAGCGAAGUCAGAUGUACGGCAGAAGCGGAAGAUAUUGAGUUCAUUGAAAGAUAUGAAUGCUUGUAGCAUAGGGAUCCUCAUAAGAAACAGUUUCUCAUGCGCAGUUGGCGACAGUUUUACAGGCGACAAUUCUACAGGUGACAAUAGCCAUGGUAUGUUCACUGAGAGCUGGCAGAUCAACGUCCUUGAGAGUGUGGCCUUGAUGAAAUUGCUUCUCGAAGAUACUGAAAAGGGAAGUGUCCCGUGGAAUCAUGAAGAGCACAUAAACAUGGCGAUCAAUCAAGAAGUCACGUCGAUGCGCAUGCAUUACUGCAGUGAUCUAUCAUCUGAGGGUCCGAGAUUUGUCAUGAACCAAUUGGGCUAUAUACUUGAACAGCUUCUACCGGCCUAUGCCAAAGCUUCAGCCACAACAAUCAACAACUCUGGACGCCCCCAUUACCUAGUACGUUUUUGGUUACCUUUGACCCUUGCACUAUUAUCAACAAGUACAUCAUUGGAGCUGUUACGGAAUAGGCGCCAUGAGCUCUUGGAAUGGAUUGCCAAUUUCGGUUCAACCACUAUCGAGUUUUGGAACAACUGGGUUGUAGACCCACUUCGCAGGCUUGUCGGCACUAUAAGACAUGAUGAAAAGAGUGAAAUUGCAUUGAUGAGUAGAAACAGCUUGGAAGCCGAUCGAGCGAGUUUGGAAAGAAUGGUUGUGGACUUCGUUCUUGAUCGUUGUGAACCGAACAAGAAUGACUAUGAUGCUUUUGAUACCCAUGUCAUUGCUGCUAAAGUCCGGGAAGGUGACUUGACACCAGUGCUGAAAGCAUAUGAAAAUGACCUACGUAGUCCUUUUGUCGGGACCAUCAAGGGUGAUUUGGUGCGAGCACUUCUGAUACAGAUACAGAAAACAAAAGUAGAUGUUGAAAUCGCGAUAGGGGGAAUUGACGCUCUGUUGAAAAGCCAAGAGCUGGUUUUUGGGUUUAUUGGACUAACCCCAGGCUUAAUGGUGUCAUUUGCGACUCUUCGUUGGCUUUACGGCUUGCUGGGCAGUCGAAGGGGCUUCCGAAUGGGUAAGCAGCAGGACGAACUGAGGCAUGCUUUGCGGAUUGUACAUCGGACUUUGACAUCGUCUGCCUCCACUCCUGGCAAUGCGCUGGCAUUUAGAGACUAUGGUCUCCUCAUAUGCAACGCCGAAGUCCUACUUUCAAAGGCGCGGAUCAUACUGAAAGGCGCAGAUCUCCGUUCAUUCCAGGAAGACAUCAAUGAAUUAGUCGAGCGAGAUACGAUUGACCGGCAACUCAAGGUUGUUGAACGAAUGGGCUGGGUCUACUCAAAAUGGAUUUGAUGCAAUCCGUUAUGCUCACUCUUUUGGUGGAAAAUAUGUUUCAUGCCUUUCGACUUUGGCGGCUGACAAUAUUCUCGACAAGUAUUACUGUAUUAUCUCUUACGUUCUGUCGUAGACGUAUUGUCGAAUAAUGAUAGAAUAUUGUGGUGCUCCAAUCUACACCAAGCUU